AUGCGAAGAACAGUCGACCAGUGUCCUGCCGACAUUGUCUUAGCAACAUCAGGGUGCCCCUUGACUGACCUCGAGUACGCCGACGUCGUUAUAUUCGCGGAAAGCAGUACGAAACUUCAACGUGUUGUCAACCUUGUAUCGAAGCUGGCUGCGGCCUAUGGAUUACGCCUACGCCCUGAUAAAUGCAAGCAGAUGUGGAUCUCUUCGAGACCACGAACGGGAAUCAGGGUGGACGGACAACCGAUAGAACUCGUCGAGUUCUGUUACCUAAGCUGUACGCUGAAGAACAAUGGCAGCUACGAGAGAGAUGUUCAACAAAGAUGCGCUAAGGCCACUUCUGCAUUUAACUCCUUAACGAAAUGCCUGUGGUCGACCUCCAUCACCAACGAAGUCAAGCUGCGAGUCUACCUAUCCGCAAUUCGCCCCAUCAUGAUGUACGGAUCGGAGACUUGGGCAGCACCAUCAACCGUUAUGGAGAGGCCUGACUGCACGGAACGAAAUCUGCUUAAGCGGCUACUUGGCUACUUUUGGCCUAGGAUAUGCCACAAUUAA